AUGGCUCAGCAUCCCAAAAAGCUUCAAUGGAAGGAGGGGUUCCCAUUUGGGCUGUCUGCGUCGCAGUUCGGUAUGGCACUCGGCUUCUGUGGACGUGUCGUGGAUUUUGUAGACUAUUUACGCAAUGUCGUCGGAACGGAGUUAGAAUUUAAGUGCAAUGCCAGCACUGUGCACGGAAAUAAAACCGAGCCGAAGGCCCGCGCAUUGUAUGAGCUUUUGACAGGUACCACUGUGAGUGAUGGAGGCUUUUUUGUGACGGACGACCGGCUCUUAGGCUGCUCGCCAGACGGACGCAUUUUCUACGAUGUGAAUUUGUCGCUCCCCAGUUCAUCUGACUGUGUGAAAAGCGACAUCGAACACACUUCUCCAGACACUCCGGUGAGUGUGCCGAUACCAUUUUGCUCAAAAUGGGGUCGACAGGGGAAGCGGACAGUGGCACCAGCACGUGUCGCCACUCAGCGGGCGUGCCGUUUACUAGAGAUAAAAUCACCAUAUUACUCCCUAUACGAUGGGUCAAAGCCGGAAUAUCAACCGUUUGGUAUUCCGCUGCAUUAUCUUUGUCAAAUGCAGGGGCAAAUGGCAAUUGCCAACGCUGAUGAAUGUGACUUCUUUGUGUACCUUGAUCGAUGUGUCUGCCAGGUGGUGGCUUGGCGUGUGAGGCGAAGCAGCGAGUUCUGGAAAUGGGCGAAACCCAAGCUGCUGCAGGUGGUGGAGUGGGUACGGGACGGCCCACCAGCGUCGCUGGACCGCCGCUUUGAGUUUGAGGCGUUUGACUUUGAUAAGAUUGUGGUGGAGCCGCUGAUAUUUCCAUAUGACAUCACGGCCAACCUGCCGAUACUCGACGCUCGUCGUUUUCCUUUUUUUCAGCGGCAUCCAAACCCGUACCUUGGCACGGUGUGUGGGACCAAUCAGGAGGGAAUUCUUCGGGGUCUGACGAGUGCUGUGACGCGAUUUUUAUUCCAUGUGGAUGUUGAUGAAAACCCGGUGGGCACGACGAACAAACAUCACAACGACGAUGCUGUGAUUUGGUGUAGGUCAACAGACAGUGUGGUUUACGGUGCGGCCCUUGCGCUCAGUUGGAACGCCGUUGCCGUGGCGCGUAGUCCUAUCAUUGGCAAGAAGUUGGCUGUUGUGCGUCCGCAUGAUUUUAAUGACGAUAGAAUUAUUUGCCGAAUAUAUGCUGCGGAAGAGAAACAGGAGGGAAAUGAUUACGACACAAUUUAUGUGCAUUUUUUUCAAAGGGAUUUUUUUCAUUCUCUCGAGCCAUUAGAAUGUGCACGUGGGUUUGAGUCGGCCCCGGGCGUUGGUUACGGGGGGAACGGCGUUGCAGGUUAUGUGAACUUGCCCAUGUCGGAGAGGCACCGAUUGUGA